AACUCUCACCUCAUUCUUACCGUGUCUUCGACUUGCUCGCGCUUUUUCGUACUCUCUCAAUACGCUCUCGCUCGGGUAAAGUUUUCUUCUUUCUGUAGAUCUGUGUGAGGAUAAUCAAUGGCGGGUAGAGGCAAAACUUUGGGAUCUGGAGCCGCAAAGAAGGCAACCUCUCGUAGUAGUAAGGCCGGUUUGCAGUUCCCCGUCGGACGUAUCGCUCGAUUUUUGAAAGCCGGCAAGUACGCUGAGCGAGUUGGCGCUGGUGCUCCAGUGUACCUAGCUGCGGUACUUGAAUACCUUGCCGCUGAGGUUUUGGAAUUGGCUGGUAAUGCAGCAAGAGACAACAAGAAGACGAGAAUCGUUCCUCGCCAUAUUCAACUCGCUGUUAGAAAUGACGAAGAGCUAAGCAAGCUUCUUGGAGAUGUGACAAUCGCCAAUGGUGGUGUUAUGCCCAACAUUCACAACCUUCUUCUCCCUAAGAAGACCGGAGCUUCGUCGAAGGCUUCAGGUGCUGAUGAUGAUUCUUAAAUGUCUGGGAAGAAGACCCGUAAAAAGAAAAGAGAAGAAAAGAAUGAGCUUCUUGGUCUUCUAGUGUUCCACUAUAUCAAUUGUGAAGAUGACUUAGCACUCUUUUUCAUCAUGUUCUUUAGGGUCAGUUGGUAGGCUCUUCUGUGUGUGGAAUUUUAAUUAAGUAGUUAGUUUUAUAGGGCUUAUUCAGUUAGUGAUUGUGAAUAUGAUUCUCUUCCAAUGUUAGUUCACAAUAUAUUUUUUUUCCUUCUUUUGACCUAUUGUAACUUUCUGUUUCCAUUGUAAGCAUUUGAGCUAAUGUGGUUCUAGAUUUUACUUAAUGAGAAUGCUGAUUACGUUUGAGGACUA